AUGACCAACACCAAAGCGGCCGAUUGGAAGCCAAGAUGCGUGGCCUCAACCAUUUCACCCGCCAACAAAUCUCCAGGGCAAAAGCAGCCAUCUGAUGGAUCUACCAGCUUCUUCAAGAGCGCGGAGUGGACCCCAGACGGAACGACACUCCUGACGGACUCGGCGGAUCACCACAUCCGAACUUACAUCCUACCGCCGGACCUGCUCGAAGAAGAGUCAGUCCACCACCUCUCUCCAUAUUCAACGCUCCCGUCUGCGGAACCCACCUACUCCACGGCCGUCUACCCCUUCUAUUCCCUGCAGGACCCGUCCACCACUCUGUUCCUGUCAUCCGUCCGGGACCAUCCCAUCCGGCUGUCCUCGGCGCUCGCUCCAAGCAGCCUGGCAAGCUACUCCCUGGUUAACCCCACCACGGAAGCAUAUAUCACUCCUCACUCGAUGAUAUAUCCUUCCACUAUGGGCGGAACUCACUUCCUCACGGGCUCGGACAGUCUCAUCUGUCUGUUCGAUGUCUCUCGUACUGGCAGCGACGGCCCCGUUUCCUGGAUGCCCACUAUCCCCAGUAAGCGGAAACAAAUAGUCGGCGGCGGCGUCGGGAUGAAGGGGAUCGUCUCAGCAUUGGCAAUAAAUCCAGUGGGAGACGGGAUUCUCGCGGCGGGCACCUUCACCCGACACAUUGGCCUGUACAGCUCCAAUGGGUCCGGGGAGCUCAUUGGUACGUUCAGCAUCGCCAAAACAGAGGCGAGUCGCGAGAUCGGUGGCCGAGGGAUCACCCAGCUCGUCUGGAGCCCCUGCGGCAGGUACCUGUAUGUUGCAGAACGCAAGAGUGACGGGGUGCUGGUGUAUGAUAUCCGCGUCACGGGCCAGAUGCUGGGGUAUCUUCGUGGGCGCAAGGCUUUCACGAACCAGCGCAUGAAAGUGGACAUUGUUCCCGCUGGUGCUGACGGCUCGCAUGAGGUCUGGGCAGGAGGCACCGACGGAUUCAUGAGGGUUUGGAAGGAUCCCAUCUAUGCUGCUGGUGGACAGGACCCGGAUUGGGAGUGGAAAGUGCAUGAUGAUGCGGUGACUAGCACGGUGUUCCAUCCGAUGGGGAGCGUGGUUGCGACCUGCUCGGGGCAACGACACUUUGCCAAUGACGACCAAGAUCCGGCCGUGCGGGCGGAUAACAGUCUGAAAGUGUGGUCAAUGCCGUUUCUCACCUCGAGUGUUGAUGCGGAGGGCCCAGAGUUGGAUUCUGGUGGCGAACCACAAGACAAUGGCAGGGAGGUGACUUGA